AUGGGGGGCUCUCAGCAGACCAAAAAACAGUCACCUGGAAGAACCAGUGGCGGACGACUUAAGCCACACACACCACGUCGUUCUAGUCGUUCUGGACACACGUCGCGAUCCAGUCAGUCGCGCACAGCGGCAGGCAGCAAACACGCCUCCCAGACACACACGCACGCUCACCGCUCGCCAUCCGCACAAGGCAGUCUCGCUCGGACCGUGAAUGGACACGCACAUCUGCAGACGCAUACAGACCAGGGCGGCCGCGGUGUCUUCUGCUACCUUUGUUACAGUGGCUACUGUCUUUGUCUGACGCUUCUCUCCUUUUUUCUGCUUCUCCUCCUCUCCCCGCCCACAUCUCGUCCGGCUCCACCUGUUUCCCCUCCUCCUUCCCCUCCUCCAUCUGACGACAUCCUUUUCAAUGAUUUCUUUCCGUUGUCCUAUUCAUCUCUGGCUGUUCCAUUCUGCCCCCAUCCAUCUUUGAAUCUCACCUCCACUUCCUCUCAAUUUUCGCCUCUCCUCUUUUCAACCAAUUCCCUCUUUUCUUUCAACUUGUCCUCGACUCUGCCUCCAUGCCCUUCUCCAUCUCCUACACCUUCUCCUCCCUCAUCCAAAUCUUCCUCCAAUCGUUCUCCUCGCCAUUCCUCUACCUCGCCCAACCCUUUUGUUCUGGUCCCGCCUUCGCUCCUCCUGCUCCCUCGCCCCUCCCUCUGUCACUCUCACCAAUCCUCUUCUCGCUCCCUGCCUACCCUCCUGCUCUGCCCACAAAGUUUGGCCGACCACGGGCUCUCCUCGACCGCGACCAUGGACCAUUUAUCUUCCUCUGGGCCGAUGGCGCGGCCCCGGACAUUGCUACGCCAGCAGAGCCUCCAGCAGCCAUUGCUCCAUGCUCCAGCUCCAAAUUUGGCCAGCAGACCGCCCAUAUCCCAGAGUUUGGGUCAGCUGCACACCCAGCCAGGGAAUGGUGCGGAAGGGGGUGGGGGUGCUGGGCCAGGGGGUGGGGCUGGAGGCGGAGCUGGCUCACGCACUUCCAGGGGCAGUCCGGCAGGUGGAGGUGCUUCACGCUAUAGGUCGGGAGGUACCGGGGCACGGGCCAUAAGAGGGAACCCUGGCAGUGUGGAUCACAUGAUGGGUCAGGUGAAGAAACGAGGCCUGGACGUGAAGUCCUUCCUGGAAGGGAAAAUGGUUGUUCUCUCUCUAGCGAUUGGAUUGGCUGAGCAGGACGACUUUGCCAAUCUGCCAGACCUACAGGAGGAACCGCCCAGUCAAGAAACCACCCCGGACAAGAGGAAUAUGGGGACUAAGCCAGCUAACAGUCCUAAGGGUCAGCCGCCAGACGCAGACGGGCAUUCGUCAGUGUCGGACCUUGCCAACUCACUCACUGGAGAUAUGGUGAUGUUGUCUCCAGGGUCAGAAGACGACGACCACGAAGGUCCUAUUAGCGAGAAACUGGGCAGGAUUCAGUUCAGCUUGGGCUACAGUUUCCAAGACACCACCCUAACGGUGAAAAUACUCAAAGGUCAGGACUUGCCUGCAAAAGACUUCUCUGGGACCUCUGACCCCUUCGUCAAAAUCUACCUACUCCCCGAUAGAAAGCACAAACUCGAGACCAAAGUAAAGAGAAAGAACCUAAAUCCUCACUGGAACGAAACUUUUCUAUUUGAGGGAUUCCCGUAUGAGAAGGUUCGGGAAAGAACCCUUUAUCUCCAGGUGUUGGACUACGAUCGGUUCAGCCGUAACGACCCGAUCGGUGAAGUCUCCAUUCCUCUGAAUAAAGUGGAGCUCGGACAAUUAAAAUCAUUCUGGAAGGAUCUUAAACCUUGCAGUGAUGGCAGCGGAAGUCGUGGAGAUUUGCUGGUGUCUUUGUGUUAUAACCCCACUACCAACAUCAUCACUGUUAAUAUAAUAAAAGCACGCAAUCUUAAAGCCAUGGACAUUGGGGGCACCUCAGACCCCUAUGUAAAAGUAUGGCUAAUGCACAAGGACAAGCGUGUGGAGAAGAAGAAGACAGUGACCAUAAAGCGCUGCCUGAACCCUGUUUUUAAUGAAUCCUUCCCUUUUGACGUGCCCGCACAUGUUCUCAGAGAAACCACCAUCAUCAUCACCGUCAUGGAUAAAGAUCGAUUGAGCCGCAAUGAUGUCAUUGGAAAGAUCUACUUGUCAUGGAAGAGUGGUCCAGCUGAAGUCAAACACUGGAAGGACAUGUUGAGUCGGCCACGCACUAAUGUGGCGCAGUGGCACGCCCUCAAAGCCUGAUUGGCGCUCACCAUUUCCCAUUACCCAUUUGACCUUUGACCCGAACCCCGUCCUUAUGCACAAGACUAACUUGCUGCCAGACGGCACAACACGGGCCUCUCCAGGACUCGGUCUAACCAUUAGAUGACCAGGUGGAGAAUCGGCGAUGAUCUCGGGGUGCUUCAGCAAGCCUGGAACAGGGCAGAUUCAUCUUUGUGAAGGACACAUGAAUCAAGCCACAAGCCAUCAAACAAUGCCGAGCUGUUUGCGUCAGGACGCAUGAAAGCUGUGAUUUGAAAAUUAGGGUUAUUCCACCCAAUAUUGAUUUCUGAACUCUUCCUAAGAUAAAACAUUAGUAUUGUGUUGUUUAAAAAUGAAUAUGAAAUGGUUUUCUUUGCAUUAUUUGAGGUCUGAAAACAUGGCAACUUUUUUGCUAUUUUGACCAGUUGUCAUUUUCUGCAAAUAAAUGUUCUAAAUUAUUCUUAUUUCGAAUUUGGGAGAAAUACUGUCAGUACUUCACAGAAUAAAACAAAUGUUCAUUUUACUCAACCACAUACCUAAGAAUAAUAAAUCCAGAGAAACUGAUCAUUUUGCAGUGGUCUCUUAAUUUUUUCUAGAGGUGGAUAUAUGGUCAAAUUUCAGCACUUUCAAAAUCUGCAAUUAAUCACAAUUAACUUCAAAGA